GCUGAAUCAUUCCCACCCUCAGAGGGGCAUUCAGGGCUGAGCUGAGCGGAACCACAUCUCCCAGCCAGCACUGGGCCCCACCGCCUGCGGCCCCAUGGCGCUGGGCCCGCCACCCGAGGAGGGCACCGUCGCUGUCGUGGUGCGCGUGCGGCCCCCCAGCCCCCACGAGCGGGAGGGGGCCGCACACGCUGUGCUGCAGGUUGUCGACCAGCACAUCCUCGUCUUCGACCCCGAGGAACCCGGCAGCCUCCCAGGCGGCCUGCCGGCUGGCCGUGGACCCAAGCACAAGGGCAAGGAUCUGAAGUUCGUCUUCGACCGGGUUUUUGGGGAGGGGGCCACGCAGGAGGAGGUGUUCCAGCACACCACCCGGGAGGUGUUGGAUGGUGUCCUCAAUGGCUACAACUGUUCCGUGUUUGCCUACGGCGCGACGGGAGCAGGGAAAACCUACACCAUGCUGGGCUCUGAGAAGAGCCCGGGCAUCAUGUACCUCACCAUGGUGGAGCUGUACAAGAGGAUUGAGGCCAGAAAGGAUGAGAAGAGCUGUGAGGUGCUCAUCUCCUACCAGGAGGUGUACAACGAGCAAAUUCAUGACCUCCUGGAGCCCAAGGGCCCUUUGGCAAUCCGGGAAGAUCCAGAGAAAGGUGUCGUGGUCCAAGGUCUCUCCUUCCACCAGCCCAAGUCGGCAGAGCAGCUCCUGGAGAUGUUGGCCAACGGCAACAAAAACCGGACACAGCACCCCACCGAUGCCAAUGCUACCUCCUCCCGCUCGCACGCAGUCUUCCAGAUCUACGUGAAGCAGCAGGACCGUGUUGUCGGCCUUGCUCAGGACCUGCAAGUGGCCAAGAUGAGUUUGAUUGACCUGGCAGGCUCAGAGAGAGCUUCAGUCACCAAAACCAAAGGAGAGCGGCUCCGGGAGGGUGCCAACAUCAACCGUUCGCUGCUAGCCCUCAUCAAUGUCAUCAACGCACUGGCUGAUGCAAAGAGCAAGAAAACCCACAUCCCAUAUAGGGACAGCAAGCUCACACGGUUGCUGAAAGACUCCAUUGGUGGCAACUGCCGCACCAUCAUGAUCGCUGCCGUGAGCCCCUCCAUGCUGGCCUACGAGGACACCUACAACACACUCAAGUACGCCAACCGGGCCAAGGAGAUCAAGCUGUCGCUGAAGAGCAAUGUGCUCAGCCUUGACUGCCACAUCAGUAAAUAUGCCGUGAUCUGCGAGCAGCUGAAAGCGGAGGUGGCAGAUCUGCGGGCAAAACUGCGCACCUACGAGGGCAGGGCUCAGGAUGCAGAAAAGCAGGCACCGGCACCACUGGCUUCCCCCAGCUUGAGCCCGGCGGGACUGCCCAGGUUGGAGGAAGCUAUCCCAAAGACAUGCUCAGACCCCCAAGUUUCCUGUGAGGGUGACCACGAGGCAGUCGCAGCGCAGCCGGAGUCGGAAGCUGAAUGGCCUGUUCAGCCACAGAAGGUGGAAUCGGAGGAAGAGGCUCGAGAGGAAAUGCCUCCUAGCAGUCCCAGAGCAUCCCAUCACACAGAUCUCCAGCUGGAAACAAAGAAACCAAGCCUUCCGCUACAGGGGUUGUUCAGCAGCCAAACAGAGACACUUGUAGCAGCUGUUCUGAGCAUUGCCCGAAGGCAGUACUCCCUCCUGAAGUCUGCCAACCUGUUAACUCCUGACAUGGUCUCCGAAUUUGAGGAAAUGGAGCACAAGGUCCAACAGGAGAGUGGUGCGAGCCUGGAGCAAGUCAGGCUGCUGAACAGACCCACACAGACCAGCAGGGCUGCUCCAGCCCGAGGGAUGCAGCAGGACUGUCACGCCAAGGCAUCUGUCAGCAUGCCUGCUGCUGAGCACGGUGCCCCUAUGACAAGAGCCACUCUGCGACGCUUGCAGCAACUUGCUCCGCUCGCCAGUCCUGUGCUGAAAGCUCCCAGCCUAGCUAGGAAGAGGAAGAGGUCAGAGAUGAGAAGCACUUCUGGACGAGGAACUCCCCACAGCCUCAAAACGCAGGCAAAACGCCAGCGGAAAUCUUCCCCGCCGGACCUGAGGAAGGGCUCUGGGAGAGAAGCAGAGACUCCAGGGGUGAUGCAGAGCCAGGGCACCCACUCUCCCAAAGAGACCAAGUCCUCCCAGCUACCACCAUCUUGCACCCCCAAAAUCUGCCCAUCGACGGUCACCAAAAGGCGUGCGCCCCUGGCAACGUCAGCCGCCCAAAACUGCUGCACCCCAGCUGCCCUGACUCUCCGCGACCUGAACAUGACUUUUGACCUCUCUGAGGACAGCAGUUCGCCCGACAUGGCCAAGCCAGUGACCUUCAGCCUGCCCCAAUUCCCCAGCUGGGAGAACGUCCAGUGCCUCUUAAACAAGCAGGACGGCCCCUUCGGUCCCAGAGCCUCCAUCCCGGUGUUCACCAUGAAGGGUUCCUCCAUCCCCAAGCCCUCCUCUGUUUCCAAAGUGCCUGCCCAGAAGCGGAGGCGAUCAGUGAGCGCCGCUUCCUGCUCACUGGGAGGGCUCCAGAGUCGCAUUGCCCGACUCCCAGGCAGCAGCCGGAGAUCUGCGCAGCCCCCGAGCAUCGCAGAACAUUGUUCGGGCAGUCUUGGCCAGAAAGGCAGCAAGAGGAGUGUGAAAGAGCUAGCAGUGCUCAGCAGUGCCUCUGCUGCUCCCAAACCCCAGGCCAUGAAGUUCUUAUGCUGAUUACCUGCAAAGUCCAGGACCCCUCCCUGUGGCCUGGCCCUCCCAGGGGCCCAAACUCAGGUGCCAAAAUUUGCCCUUCUCUGAGACCACCCCCAUCACAUCCCUCCAGCUCCUUCCUUGAGGUGAGGGGACUGAUCUUCCCUUUUUCCUCUGCUUCAUACAAGGGAAGGAGUGCAGAGCCUUCAACCCUGAGCUUGUUCCCAGCCUUCUGCUGCCCCAUGUCCAACCUGAUCCCCCCUAAAACUGGCCAAACACCUCCCAGUUCCCAUCCCUGGGGUCCUGGCGUUGUCCUGGAUUACACGUACCUUCCCUCUGCUCAGCUCUGUAUGUUUUUGUAGCAGAUGGAUUAUUGCUGUUCCCUCUCAGCCCCUCUGUAAUCUGCGCCGGGGUGUCGAGUGCUAACAGAUGGGUGAUGCUAAGAAAUAACAUGCUUUUAAUAAAUCUUUUAGUU